UGGGCGCGCUCGCUUGUGAGGUCGCGGUGCCCCGGAGGGCGAUUGUCCCUUCCCGGGCCCCGUCCCGAAUAUCCCUGUCAACAGGAGCCUGAGCGAUCAUGGCAACGGGCUCGGGCGGGGAGCGCGUGGUGGCGGCGGCGGCAGCUUGGUCAGGCGCUGAGGCGGCGGAGCGGCGGCGGCGGCGGCGGCGGUGGCUGUGGCGUCGGCACCGGCCCUGAGCGCCAUGUGGCGCGGCAGCCCGGAGCGGGAGCUGGCGGCCGGCUGGGAGGCGGCGGCGGCGGCGGAGGCGGCGGCGGCGGCAGAGGCGGCGGCAGCGGCGGCGGCGGCCAAGUCGCAAGCCGCGGAGGCGGAGGAGCAGCUGGGCGUGGACGCGGGCGCGGCCGGGGAGCCCGAGCGCCCGGCGCGCGAGGAGCAGCCCAAGGCCGCGGGCCCGGCCCCCGCGCGACCCCGCGCGGCCGAGGAAGGCGAUGCCCGCGUCGCCCGGCGUCUGCCGCCCGCGCCGCCCCUGGCCCCGCCGAGGCCGGCGCGGGCCCUGUACCAGCUCACGAAGACCCGGGGUCGCAGCCGGGGCUACCGGCGCGGCUCGGGCUCGCUGCGGCCGGUCACCGUGGACAGCUCCAAGGCCCGCACGUCCCUGGACGCGCUGAAGAUCAGCCUGCGGCAGCUCAGGUGGAAGGAGUUCCCAUUUGGCCGGCGCUUGCCUUGUGACAUCUACUGGCAUGGAGUUUCAUUUCACGACAAUGACAUACUCUCCGGUCAAGUGAACAAAUUUCCAGGCAUGACAGAGAUGGUGCGGAAAAUCACUCUGAGCAGAGCACUGAGAAUCAUGCAGAACCUGUUUCCCGAGGAGUACAACUUCUACCCUCGCUCCUGGAUUCUGCCUGACGAGUUCCAGCUCUUUGUUGCUCAGGUCCGGAUGGUGAAAGAUGGUGACCCGUCCUGGAAGCCCACUUUUAUUGUGAAACCAGAUAGUGGUUGUCAGGGUGAUGGAAUCUACCUCAUUAAAGAUCCCAGUGACAUCCGCCUGACUGGGACCCUCCAGAGCAGGCCGGCAGUGGUCCAGGAGUACAUCUGUAAGCCUCUCCUUAUUGACAAGCUCAAGUUCGACAUCCGUCUGUAUGUCCUGCUGAAGUCCUUGGACCCCUUAGAGAUUUAUAUAGCCAAAGAUGGGCUGUCUAGAUUUUGUACAGAGCCAUAUCAAGAGCCGAACCCCCAGAAUCUGCACCAUGCCUUCAUGCACUUGACCAACUACUCGCUGAACAUCCACAGUGGCAAGUUUAUCCACUCUGACAGCGCCAGCACAGGCAGCAAGAGGACCUUCUCCAGCAUUCUUUGUAAGCUCUCUUCCAAAGGUGUGGACAUCAAGAAGGUCUGGUCUGAUAUCAUCUCCCUGGUGAUCAAGACUGUCAUCGCCCUGACCCCAGAGCUCAAAGUUUUCUACCAGUCAGACAUCCCUACAGGGAGGCCCGGGCCCACCUGCUUCCAGAUUCUAGGCUUUGACAUUCUUCUGAUGAAGAACCUGAAGCCUAUGCUACUAGAAGUGAAUGCAAACCCCAGCAUGAGAAUUGAGCACGGAUACGAACUCUCUCCAGGGGUGUUUGAAAAUAUCCCAAGCCUGGUGGAUGAAGAGGUGAAGGUGGCCGUGAUCAGAGACACACUGCGCCUCAUGGACCCUCUGAAGAAGAAAAAGGAGAUGCAGUCUCAGCAUCCUGAGAAGCCUUUCCCUGGGAAGGAAGAUCUGGACUGUGAGCUGACGGGUGACCCAGAAUCCAACCCUGAAGCCCACCUGCCCUCCAUUUGCCUCAAGCAGGUGUUCCCCAAGUAUGCCAAGCAGUUCAACUACCUGCGCCUGGUAGACAGGAUGGCCAAUUUGUUUAUCCGAUUCCUGGGAAUCAAGGGGACAAUGAAGUUGGGACCAACUGGCUUUCGGACCUUCAUAAGGAACUGUAAGCUGAGUAGCAGCAGCCUGUCCAUGGCUGCAGUGGACAUCCUCUACAUUGACAUCACAAGGAGGUGGAACUCGGUGACCCUGGACCAGCGGGACUCAGGGAUGUGUCUACAGGCAUUUAUUGAAGCUUUCUUCUUCCUGGCCCAGAGGAAGUUCAAGAUGUUGCCUCUGCAUGAGCAGGUGGCCUCUUUGAUCGACCUGUGUGAAUACCACCUAUCCCUGCUGGAUGAAAAGCGCUUGGUGUGCGGCCGGAGUCGUCGCCCCCAAAGUAGUCCUCCCCAGGAGAUGAACCCCACAACCCAGUCAGCUGCAGGCAGCCCUGCACCCCGCAUGACUGGUGCUAACAAGCUGUCUCACUCUAGACACGCUCUGUCCUGAAGACGACCCUGCCCUCCUGGAAGAAAGUGUGCUCGUGGGGGCU